AUACUGAAAAAGAAUCGGCGCUUUAGAUAAUCCGGGGCAGAAAGAGAUACAGCAAUCUCACUUUGAAGCUGUUUCUCAGGGACAAGUAACUUGCAUUCCCAACGUCAGGUUUAAGGAAACGUGGUCUCUUGACAUAAACCAAGAGAGAUUUCCAUUCUUCGACCUAAACUGGUAAACACAAGUACUGUGGUUAAGGCAGAAAAAAUAUCUACAAAGGAUGCAAGUUUAUGCGACAUAUCUAAUGCAGCAAGGUGUUGUGAUGAUAGCUUUUUUCACAAGUAGAGAUAUAAAUAAAGUAUUGUUUUUUUACGGGGGCAAACUACAAAAGAAAGAAGUUGGUGUUAAAAGGCAACACAAGGUAGACAUCGCCGGAUCAGUACCAACGAUAUAACAUUUAACACAGAGCGCGUCCUUUCAUUGUCAGAGUGGUUUGAUGCAAGUGAAAAGGCGAACAGAUUUCAAUCGUUGUUUUUAAUAGUAAACGUAUGUUUGUUAAAUGGGAAAGUGACAAUGUUAAGAGGACAUGGACGGGCAACCACAAGACUUAAACCAAUCAAUGGGCUCAAACAAGUGGGCGCUUUAAAUAAAAGGGGAUGGGCAUAACAUGCCAAUCAAAGCGCGCAUCAAUGGUGUUAAAAUGGAACACCCUUGAGUUAUGUGAUUGAAUGGGUAUGUUGCUGAUUCCUUUUGUAAGCCGGAGCUUCUACGGAACACGUGGAUUUCUCUUUCCCGAGAGCGAGCAUCUUCUUUCCUCACUGCUUUUACUGGCGUAUCUUUAACUCUGGACUCUUGCCUUUCCUGAUUAAAACAAGACAAUAGAUCUAAUUGUAAACUACUUUAAUUCUCUGCUUAAUCUCUGAAGCGAAAAUCGAAGACGGACUCUAAGCGAAUUUCAAUAAACUCAAUUUAGAGCCACCGAACACAUAGAAAAAGAAGACUUACAAGAAAAGACUGUACAAUUUGCUCCGAAAUCCACAAAAGGAUUCCACUGCAGAAUACAGCAGUGAGAUUUACCCUUACUCGUCUGACUCGACAGCAAUCACUUCAGAGUGAAAAGAAGACAAAGAAAAAACCAUGAAGAAAGAAGACGGGGUAAACAGAAAACAAUCCAGCACAUCCCUGAAGGAAGACUGAACCUCAACUGCACAGGGACGCUGUGGAAAACAUACAUGAAAAGCAAGCAGAAAGAGAGAAACUGAAAGCGCAAGACUGAUCAGAAAUGUGGGCCACUAGGGAAAUAAGCACAAACCAAACUGAAGCAGUGAAAUAUUGAAGCUCUCUCAGUGAACACCUCCACUCAGUCAACAGACAGAUGUGGGAAGAAAAGCUUUCUGUACAGGCCACUUGCAAGCGCCUUUAUUAAUACGGUUGGGGGUACGGCUUCAGAAAUUCUUCCAGCUCUUGUAAUUUUUAAUAUAAAGAGUGUUUUCAGGACAUUUAUUCAUCGUUGUCUAACUAGAACAAAGCAGUAUUGGACUGAACAAGAUUAUAUAUAUAUAUAUAUAUGUAUAUAUAUAUUUUCAGCCUUGGAGUUUUAUAAUCAUUUUUUUUGCUUUGUUGUAAUUCAACAAGAAAGGUACCAGUAACUAGUCUUUCAUGGUUGCCGCAGGAGCACAGAUGGCUUACCACGGGAGGUUAGCAAUGAGUGCCCUCUGCUGGUGGGUGGCAAUAGUUUCUUUCAUGCAGACAGUUGGUGUCAGAGGGGACUGCUGGCUUAUUGAGGGGGAAAAGGGCUUUGUGUGGCUGGCAAUUUGCAGCCAGAACCAGCCACCUUACGAGUCCAUCCCACAGCACAUCAACACCACCAUAGUUGACCUUCGACUGGACGAGAACAAAAUCAAGAGCAUUCACUACUCCUCCCUCAGCCGCUUCGGAAACCUGACCUUCCUGAACCUGACAAAGAAUGAGAUCUCCUACAUUGAAGAUGGUGCGUUUUCAGCCCAGUUCAACCUACAGACCCUUCAACUUGGCUUUAACAAGCUGAGGAACCUGACAGAAGGGAUCCUCAGGGGUUUGAGCAAGCUGGAAUACCUCUACCUCCAAGCCAACUUGAUUGAGACCGUGACCCCCAAUGCCUUUGGGGAGUGCCUCAACAUUGAGAACAUAGACCUCUCCAUGAAUCGGAUCCAGCAGCUGGACAGCAUGACCUUCGUGGGGCUGAGCAAGCUAACCACAUGUCAGCUCUACACCAACCCCUUCUACUGCUCUUGCGAGUUGCUGGGCUUCCUCAAGUGGCUGUCCCAAUUCCCCAACCGAACGAAUGAGAGGAUGCUGUGCGAUUCUCCCCCCGAGUACGCCGGUUACCACCUCCUUAACCAGAACCCAGGCCACCCCAACUACCGCAAUGCUUUGAGCAUCCUCUCCUCUGUGUGCUCUGAUGAACCUGAGGUGCCGGCCUACAUCCCACCCCGCUUCAUCUCCACAACCCCACCGCCACCAGAGACUCCAUGUGGGCUUGAGGACUGCAACUCUGGAUAUGAGCCCAGUGUUCUAAUAACUUUGAAUACCCCUUACCCUGACCCAAGUGCUAAGCCAAUUAUCAAACUCAUUGACGUAACCCAAACCACCGCCACCCUUGUCGUGCAUAUUCCUUCCCACUACAGCAAAAUGUACAUUCUGGUUCUGUACAACAACAGCUUUUACACAGAUAUCAAAAACCUAAGAAAUGAGGAGCAGAUCAUUAAACUGGACCAAUUGAAAGCCAACACUGACUACACAUACUGUGUGGCUUCAAUCCGCAACUCCCUGCGUUACAAUCACACAUGUCUCUCUCUCACCACGACUGAAAAGAGACGAGGGGAGCCUGUAGCUAACUCCUCCACCGCCACCCACUACAUCAUGACAAUCCUAGGCUGCCUCUUCGGGAUGGUCAUUGUCUUAGGGGUGGUGUACUACUGCCUGCGCAAGAAAAGGCAGCAGGAUGAGAAGCACAAGAAGGCAUGUAGCAUAAAAAAGACCAUCAUCGAACUCAAAUAUGGGGCCGAGCUGGAAAGUGGUACCAUCUCCCAGCUAACCCAAAAGCAGAUGAUGGCUGGGGAGAGCAUGCCCCGAAUGCCCUACCUGCCGUCAGCUGGGGAAAUGGAGCAGUACAAACACCAGGACAUCAGCGAGACACCCAAAACUACCAAGGGGAAUUACAUUGAGGUGCGAACUGGGGAACAACAAGAUCGGAGAGAGUGUGAUAUGUCAGUACAGGGCAACAACCAAGGGUCAGUGGCAGAGAUCUCAACUAUCGCAAAAGAAGUGGACAAAGUCAAUCAGAUCAUUAACAACUGCAUUGAUGCUCUGAAGUCAGAGUCCACCUCCUUCCAAGGGGUGAAAUCAGGGGCCGUGUCCACCGCAGAGCCCCAGCUGAUGCUGAUCUCAGAGCAGCCGCAGAGCAAGUCUGGCUUCCUGUCCCCUGUGUACAAGGACAGUUACCACCACCCCUUGCAGCGGCACCACAGCAUGGAAGCACCUCCCAAGCGCUCCAGUACUUCCUCCAGCGGUUCUAUCCGGAGUCCAAGGUCCUUUCGCUCAGAGGGGGCCUACAAGUCAGAGGCUAAGUACAUAGAGAAGACUUCUCCCACGGCUGACACCAUCUUGACAGUCACACCAACAGCAGCCAUCCUGAGAGCAGAGGCUGAGAAAAUCAGACAUUACAGUGAGCACAGGCACUCGUACCCCGGCUCGCACCAGGGGGAACAACUUGAGGGCCCAGGGAGCCGCAAACCAUCCAUUCUGGAGCCACUCACCCGUCCCCGGCCCAGGGACCUGACCUAUUCCCAGCUCUCACCCCAGUACCACAACCUCAGCUACUCCUCCAGCCCCGAGUACUCCUGCAAACCGGCACACACCAUCUGGGAGCGCUUCAAACUCCACCGCAAGCGCCACAAAGAGGAGGAUUACAUGGCGGCCGGGCACGCAUUGCGUAAAAAAGUUCAGUUCGCCAAGGAUGAGGACUUGCACGACAUUUUAGACUACUGGAAGGGCGUGUCAGCCCAGCACAAAUCUUGAUUGCUCUCAGACUUCCUUUUCCAAUUUGGACCAAAAUGAAAACAGAAAAAAAAAUUAAAUAAAAAAAAAAAAAAAAGAAAACCUCCCCAGCUAUUUUUAUUCAGACCAAGUUUCUGGACAAUUAAAAUUAAAAUUAGUCUCGCAUUUGUGUGUUUAUGCACCAAAAUUAAAAGAAAUGAACUGUAUAAAUUGUCUUCAUUUUUUUUUUUUUUUUUAAGAAAAAAAAACAAACAAACAAACACUGGAAUAUAAUUAUUUUGGUAUCGCAUGGCCGUGUCCUGUGACUGUGUGGAUUAACUGUUGUGUACUUUGAGAGGAAAACAAAAGCAAAAACAAAAACUUGGCGCUGAACACUCUGUAUUGAAGACUCUUUAACUGUGUAUGUCUUUGUCAGAGGACUGCACCCACACGCACACACUUUUCUCACUCUGCAUUGUAAAGUAAUUAUUUAUCAGUGAAUUCUACAUACAAAACAAAAACAUAUAUAUACAUACAGAUACAAUUUCUAUAUUUGCAACGUUUGCUGGAAAAAAAAAAAAUUAUAUAUAUAUAUAUAUAAUCACCUGUUUGUACCAGGUUUUAACCGUGGAUAUCAGAGACAAGUCAUUUUUAAUGUCUCAAAUGAAUGUCUCCCUGUCCUGAUGGAUAAAAAUUGCACUGUUCAAUGAAAUGGUACAUUCUUCUACAAAAUACCCUGACUGUUAUUUUUUUUUUCUGUCUACCGCCUAUCUUUUGCAGAAGUCACAAAUCAUUCUGCACAAAACUAACAAUAUAGAUUCAUCGUCUCUGAUUUAAUUCUAUUUUACCAAAGGGCUGUGGUAGCAUGUCAUUACAGGCUCUGCUCUAAUUCAGACCUACAGAUCUGAGGACAGAUGUAUCUUUUACAUAAUAAUAAUAAUAAUAAUAAUAAUAAUAAAAAAAAACGACAGCUUUUGUUACAAGCUGCAGUUGGGUUAUUCACAGCCCACCCCUCCCCUCUCCUGUAGAAUCUCAUACAGUACAUAUCAAAUUGAUUUACACGCUUUUGCCUCCCAACAAAACACAAAAAAUCUCACACCAAACAUGCCUGUCAUUUAUAGGCUAAAGAAAUGCUCUUAAACAAAGAACUAAGAGAGGUUACAUGUUGAUACAAGCAGCUGUCAAUCAUCCAGGUGGAAUGUUAAUGCUGUAAUGCACCAGCUUUGAAUGAUCUCCCUUUGCACUGAAACACAAAUCAGAUCUCAGCAAAAACUUAACACCAUAACCUCGUCUGGUCAGCAACAACACAAUGUCAUUUAAAUACAGGCUUAAUCGCUGCAUUCAGUGAAUCAUUUUGCUCACCAGGGAAAUACAUUUUAAAGUAAGGGUGGCAUCUACAGAAAUGAACAAGACACAAUGCAGGUUGUGUAUGUCUUUAGGUUGUACUACAGAUCUAUGUCAGGACAAGAACACUCAAGGCAGUGACCGAGGGGUGUUUAAAUUAUUUCAUCAAGGAACAGUGCAAGCUUCUAAAUAGUAUACGAUGUCCCAGGAAAUCAAAAGCAGCUGAGUUCCUGGGAGACUUUCAAAAGAAAUAAUAAAUGUAUCAAUGUUACAGUCUGUCUAUAUUAGCUCUGCUGCAAGCAAAUGCCUGGAUGGAGAACUUGGAUAAAGUGGAUCAUCUUUCCAAUUAUUGGGGAAAAUGAAAAGGCGGUAGACUCUAAAAACCAUGCUGAGUGGCUAGUGUUAUUAUGAAUGGGUUCCAUUCUUAGCAUUCUGCUGAUUCUAGACGCCAGGUACAGUACUACAGCAGUGUUUAAAACCAAGAAAACUCUCAAUCCUUUUGUUUUAAACUACUGUUUAAAGUGUUCCAUACAUUUGAUAUACUUAUAAAAACAAAACAUACCGCUUAAUUUUUUUGGGGGUGGGGGUUCUCAAAAGAGCCCCAACAUGAAUGACAAGAGAUAAAAGUAGUCAAAUGGGACCAGCACAUUACUAUACAGGGAGACUGGAAUGAAGGAAUGAACUAAGUACUGAUUAAAAUACCAUUUUAUUUAUUUAUGACACACUUUGAAAGCAUUCCCUGCUACAAAUUGAUGAAAGCCAUUCCCAGUGACAAAAAUAUACCCCUUACAACAGGGGUGUCCAAACGUUUUGCAUUGUGGGCCAGAUUGAUUAACAUGCAAUGAGCGACGGGCCACACACACACACACAGCGACGGGCCAUAUAUACACACACACUAUAUUAUUAUAUUACACAAUGAAAACAUUUUAGAUAUAAAUUGUUCACGCACUUAUAUUUAGUAAACAAUGCAUAUUUUAAACUUCUCACCAUUAAUGGUUUGAUUCGGAUGUUUUAAUUUGAGGUAUGCAGCUGAGACUUGGACUUCAGUAUCUGUGCGAUGUCUGGAGUGCGAUUUGUGGCUGAGAGUUGCAUUAUGUCAUGUAGAUGGGCAUCAGUUAGAUUUGAUCUCAGGUGAUUCUUGUUUAAAGUCAUUUUAGAAAAUGUUUACUCACAUAUAUAUGUUGAACCGAACAAGCUAAACAUUUUUUUUGCAUGUCGUCUCAAAUGGAGGAAAUGGGUCUUGUCCAUACACUUGUAAAAUUCUGCCAAAGGCAGCUCCAGGCGGCGACUGCAAAGUGUGUCAUCACACUGCAGUUCAAUUAGUUCUAACUGCAAGUUUUCAUGUGUUUCUUCAAUAUUUACAGAGAAGGGGCAAGAGAAAAUCUGAAUCUCCUUGUCAAUUGUUGAAAAGUCUUCAAAGCGUUUGUUGAACUCUGCAAUUAGGGCAGAUAUAAUCAACACAUAUUUCUCCAUUGAUUCUGAGAUACGUUCAUUGGGUCAAUGACCGAUUUUAAUGAUGGGAAGUGCACCGCAUUGUACUCUUUUGCGUGCUUCUCAAAUUUCACUGCAAAUGCUUUGACCGUUGAGUGCAUUUGUGAAACAAUGGCGUUUUUCCCUUGGAGGCUAGUAUUGCGCACAUUAAGUUGCCCAGUGAUGUUAACUAAAAAGCCAAUGUCCGUUAACCAUGCAGGAUCUGUGAGGUCAUUAAGAGGCUCUCUCUUUUCUCGUGAGAACUGCUGUAUUUCCGAUCUGAGUGAAAAAAAGCGUUUCGAUGCUGAACCUCGACUAAGCCAGCGUACAUCGGAAUGAUACAUUAUGUCAUCAUAUUCAGCUUCCACUUCACUGAGGAAAUUCCUGAAUUGUCUAUGGUUAAGUGCUCUCGACAGAAUAAAAUUGAUUGUUUUCACAA